AUGUCGGAAGACAAUUAAAUAGGUGAAGAAGGUGUAAAGGGAUUAGGUACAGCUUUAGUAAGUUGUAGUAAUCUUUCAACAAUUAUAUUAGGCCUUUCUCAAAAUAAAAUAAAUUCAUAGAAUGUUUCAGAUUUAUGCUCUACUUUGUCGAAAUGCAAUAAUCUCAAGCGUUUGACUUUAGAGUUAGGCAAAAAUUAACUUGGAGAUUUUGAUUUAUAAGGUUUAGAUACUCUUUUAGAAAGUUGUGAUAAGCUACAAUCUUUCAUUUUUGACCUUGAGUAAAACUCAAUAGGAAAAGAUGGGAUAAUAGCCUUAGCUAAUCGUUUUACCUCUGAUAUCAAGUUCUCAUAUUUGGAUUUAAAUCUUUCAUCAAAUAAUAUUGGAAUAGAAGGCAUUUCAUACUUGGGUUCAGCUCUAUCAAAUUGCAAGAAUCUCUCUAGCUUGAAACUGAAACUCUUUUUUAGCAAAAUUAAUGACGAAGAUAUAAUUGGUUUUGCUUAAAACUUUGCAAAAUGCCUUUCACUAUCAUCUUUGGAUAUUUAUCUUGAUCACAAUUUAAUUAAAGACUAAGGUGCAUUAACUUUAUGUUCAGCUAUAUCAAAUUUUAAAAGUCUCUCAGAUUUAACAAUAACCUUUAUGUCAAAUUAAAUUAAAGGUGAGAAUGCUAAGGAAUUAGGUUAAGCUUUAUCAAAUUGCUGUAAACUUUAAAAUUUAACAAUUAUGCUAUGUAGAAACGAGAUUGGAGAUCUAGGAGUAUCAGACUUAAGCUCUGGUUUAUCCAACUGCUUGAGCCUCAUAAAUUUAAAUCUUAAUUUUGAUGAAAAUGAAAUUGGCAAUAAUGGGUCAUUAGAUUUAUGUUCUGGUUUAGCAAACUGUGUUAAUUUAACAGAUUUAACUCUUUCCUUUGAGAAUAAUCAAAUUAUUGAUGAGGAUGUAAAUAAAAUAGGUUUGUUUUUGUUGAAUUGUGUUAAACUCUAAAAUUUGACACUUUGGAUAGAUUGCAACUAAAUUAGUGAUUAGGGUGCAUUAAAUUUAUGUAAUGCUAUAGCAAAAUGUACUAAUCUCUAAAAUGCGAUGCUUUAAAUGAAUUAUAAUGAAAUCGAUGAAGAAAUUUAUCAAAAUUUGAUGAAAAAAUUAAUAAAGGCUAAAAGAUUAGUGAACGUAUUGCUAAGUUGUUUCUGA